GCGCUGGUACUGAAGUGAAUAUAAACUGGCUGUAGGCUAUGGGAAUGCGUGAUAUAUUCACCUUAGUGCUGUGCUUGCAGCUCAUCAAAUCUUUGCAGGGUCAAAUAUUACCAAAGGACAUACCAAAAUGCCGUUUCGGUGACUCGGAUUGCAUUGUGGACUCCAUGAAUAAAGUGAUACGACGCUAUCCGAGAGGCAUACCCGCCUUGGGCAUGAAACCCAUCGAUGUGGUGGACAUACGGAACUCAAAGUUCUGGGAUAAUCCGAAAGUAGGAGCCUUCUGGCUGCAGUUCAAUCUGUUUGAUCAGGUCAACUAUGGCUUUGAGAACACAACGAUCACGAAGGUCAAGGGCUUUACUAAGAAUCCCACAUCGAGCCUGAUGGAAAUACACGGCAGGAUACCGAGUCUCAUCCAUAAAGGGCGCUACAUGUCUCAGGGUCGCGUAUGGAUCGUGGAAUUGAAUUCAACGGGCGAACAGCUUUCGGAUUUCCAGAAUUUUCGAUUUGUUCUCAAGCUAAAAGUGAUCAUGGAGUAUCGGAAUAACAAGCGCUACCUAAAGAUAUACGAGCUGAAUCCCAUUGUCAAUAUGGAUCGUUGGGUCUUCUGGCUGGAUAACUUUUUUUCAGAGAACACAGAUCUCACAAUUGCCAUCAAUCAGGUUUUCAACAUACAUUGGGUGGAGUUCUGGAAUGAAUUGGAGCCCACAAAUCUGAGAAUAUUUGCGAGUGUUUUUCGUGAUUUGAUCGAGGAUAUUCUGUAUAAAGUAUCAUAUGAUGAUAUGUUCCUACCGGAUGAAAAAGAGACUCGCGAGAAUGAUUAAAGUCGAAUCGAUACACCUUUA